AUGGCAGUGGACUUUGACAGCCCCUUUCAAAAAAUCACUCCUCCCCAAAAUUUAGCUCAUGUCGUCUUGCGCACUCCACGGUUCAAGGAAAUGGUUGAAUUCUAUAAAACCUUCUUGGGAGCUGAAGCCACAUACGAAAACGACUUUAUCUCUUUCCUUACCUACGACCAAGAGCAUCACCGGAUCGCAAUUGGGGCAGUUCCAGGUACCACAGAUAAAGUCAAGACCUCUGCCGGCCUCGAGCAUAUCGCUUUCGCAUUUGCGAGCUUGGAAGACUUGGCUCUCGCAUAUAGGCAGCGAAAAGCCCAAGGUAUUCUACCAAUUUGGAGUGUCAAUCACGGCCCCACCACAAGCAUCUAUUAUCAAGAUCCAGAUGGGAACCAAAUUGAGACACAAGUCGACAAUUUUGACACAGUCGAAGGGGCAAAUGCAUUCAUGGCGUCUAAAGAAUUUGCAGAAAAUCCAGUCGGGGUCGAUUUCGACCCGGAAGAUCUGAUUAAGAAAUUGCAAGCUGGUCAUGACCCCCGGGAACUCAAGAAGAGAGAGAACAUUGGUCCUCGAGGAUUAGAUUCUAUACCUGUUCCCCCGUCUCCUACACCAAUCAAAGGACAUUAA